AAGCCCCUGCUACACAUUACACACAAUUAACUGGUUAAUCGUGCAAUAAAUUUCAACCAGAGUGCUUAUCACACCAUCAAAAUGCCUCUCAAGCUAUAAAAAGAGCCAACCAGCUACAAAGUUAGUGCUUGAAAAUGUGUAACUGCUCCAUCGCUGGUUCCUAUCGGACUUUAAUUUGAAUGUGUAUCCGUGUGUGUAUAAUACGAUGGAAAGAAACUGGAUUCUGUUGACCAAGGUGGUCCCUUCCCACUCCUAUGCUGCUCAGUUCAACGGGUGCAAACAGCAGCAGCUUUAUAUUGUGUUUCUUCAGCAGAUCUGAGAACGCUUUACCAAAAAAACAUAAACACAAAGCAAUGGCAUUGUCCCCAUUUUGCAGAUGGGAAAACUGAGGCACGGGGCAGGGAAGCUGCUUGCCCACCAUCCUCUCAGAAGCCGAGCGCAGAAUAGGACCCAGGCGUCCUGAAUCCCAAGCCAAUCAAAGCAGGGAUCCUACCUGCAAUGGGGGAGUGCUGCUUUUGGAGGCAGCGGGUCCCCUCCUGCAACGCUCCACCUGGACGCACAGCUCGCCCUGCGCGCUCUUCUCUCUGCAGGACGCAGACGGAGGCUGCUCGCGCUGCCAGGGAGCAGGGCAAGUGCUAUUCGUCCAGAAAACCCCAGCUGCAGCCUGGGGGAAGGCAGUUUGGCACAGCACAGCCCUGCAGCCGCCGCAGGGGGGUGUUUGCAUGGGUCUCUAAUCCUCGCAAUGUGAGGAAUGCAAGGAGCUCGGGGAUUUCCCGCUCCUGGAGCGAAUCUCGCAAUCUGCUUUUUCGUUUGGGGGUGUUUUAUCCAUGCCUGGUGUCUAGGAACCACUGGCUGGCUCUGCAUGAGCUGCAAGUCCUGCUGACUUAAGUCCGUGCAUGCCAAGCGCUGGUACAGGGGGCGAAGCCGCCCCCUGCACUAUGGCAGAGGGGGAAACCCAGAGACAGCUGCUCAGGUUGAUCCAAGAAGGACGGUUCGACCUUUUCAAAGGAGAGCUGCAGAGGGAUGAGGAUCUGGUCCAGGCAGUGAGGCGGAAACACUUUGGGAAAUCCGGGGACACGCUGCUGCAUUACGCAGCUAGGCACGGUCACCUGGACACGCUGACCCACUUAGUGGACACCUUGGAGAUGGACAUUGAGAUGUGCAAUAAUGACUACAAGCGGCCCCUGCACGAAGCCGCUUCUAUGGGCCACAGGGACUGUGUGCUGUACCUGCUGGCUAAAGGGGCCAAGGUAGACUGCUUGAAAAAGGCAGACUGGACACCUCUGAUGAUGGCCUGCACCAGGAGCAACCUGGAUGUCAUCAAAGAUCUCAUUGAGCACGGGGCUAACCCGCUGCUGAAGAACAAAGACGGCUGGAAUUGCUUCCACAUCGCCAGUCGAGAGGGCCAUCCCCAGGUCAUCCGGUACUUGCUCGCUGUGGCACCGAGCAGCUGGGACACGGAGAGCAAAAUAAAAAGGACGCCUCUGCACACUGCAGCAAUGCAUGGCUGUUUCGACGUAGUGAAAGUGCUGCUUGAGCGGUGCCAGUACAAGCCCGACAGUCGGGACAAUUGUGGCAUCACGCCCUUUAUGGAUGCAAUACAGAACGGGCAUAUGGAUAUAGCCCGGCUGCUUCUGGAAAAGCACAAGGCCUGCCACACUGCAAGGGAUGCCCUGGGGGCUCAGCCCCUGCACCUGGCAGCGGUCACGGCACAGGAUGAAGCCAUCCGGUUCCUCGUCUCGGAGCUGGGCGUUGGCGUCGACGAGAGAGCGACGUCCCUCCGGCUCACGGCGCUCCAUUACGCGGCCAAGGAAGGACACACAAGCACCAUCCGAACGCUGCUGUCCUUGGGCGCUGACUUGCAAGCCAGAGAUGGGAAAAGCCGAUCGGCCCUGCACAUGGCCUGCUCCGGCCAGCACGCCACCUGUGUGUCCAUCCUCUUGCAAGCCGGACUUCAGGACUCUCGAGACUGCACGGGAACGUCCGCACAGCAGCUGGCAAAGAAGCCAGAAGUCCUCCGGCUCUUUGAAGGAAUCGAUGUUAGCAUGGGAGAGUGGCCGGCAAGAAAAUAAAACAGAAGACGUGCUGUUGAAAGCAACUGACCUGCUCAUCCUCGCAGUCCGAGCUGCACAGAAGAUACGCCAGGAUCUGUCAAAAGACUUUCACGCGUCUCGGUGAGAUCUCCCAGAGUCGGUGUUGCCCUUUCUGGUCGCUGCGUUGGCAGCGUUUGCUGCUUGGAAAGAAGCCGAUGUACCAGACUGGAACAGCAUCAAGCAACACUGAGGGGCUCUGGGUAUGGCUGAUCUGACACACAGCAAAAAAACAGCAAAAACACAGUUUUUUGCCUGACACGCAGGCAAAAAAUACAAAGGCUGGGGAGUCGUACUAAGAUGGGUGGCCAACCAAUAUUGAAAAAAAUGCCUUGGCAUUAACCCUGAGCAGCCAAAACCUCCUUCUGUUUGGUUGGGCAUGGCCCAAAGUCAGCCGCUCCAAUACCAAGCAGCGUCCCGUUGAUUUACAAGGCAAAGGAGCAGAUGAGAGUCAGCUCUGGAUCCCCUCUCUGCCCCAAUAGUUGAUGGGCAUCAUUUGGGCUGGGGCACCAGGCACGCGGCGGACCGCAUCGUGCCCUUUUUUACUUGAAACUCAUUGAAAACUGCAACCGUUAUUGCCCGACGAGCCGUCCGCGUUGCUGCUGAGCCGAGCCGAGCCCCGCAGGCCAGCUGGAAGCUAAUGAUGCUCAUCCGAGCAUCUGGCCCCUCGGUGCAGAUACAGUCCAGAAGAACCAGGAAACACAACCGCCUUUAAAUGGAAAGUGAAAGGGGCCGGUGAAGUUUCAUGGUUCAAGUGGGGUGAGGUGCAGGAAAUCAACACAAACCAGAGGAGCGGCAAAGAGCACAUUUGAUUUGUCGUUUGUCUUAAAAGUCACACUUCAGAGACCGCGCUGAAAUCAAAGCACCGCUGUUCAAAUUACUGUCCAGGCAGAGAGAUCCUGCCAAUCUAAACCAGGGGCUUGCAACCAGAGUGCUACACUGCCCCGGGGUGCUGUGAGAUCACAGCAUUAACACAAUUAGGUGUGCAAACACCUACACAUCACUCACAAGAUAAACCCAGAGACUUCAAAUAGGAAUCCAGAAGAUCAAAAAAACCUGCUGUGGUCUCUCUGAGUUGAUUGCAACAGAAGAAUUGCUCUAUGCCGUGGCACACGUGUGAUUUAACAACAGAUUGGAAUGAACACAUUUAACAACAAAUGCAAGAUUGUUAAAAACCUGGUGCCUCAGAUUAAAAUGCUGAAAUCUUGAUCGAUGGCUCUGCUAUCAAACCAGUCAGUGCCGUAUCCAUGCAACUCCCAGUGCUGGCUGCAUUCAUCACCACAACCCCAGCAGAGAAAGGCAGUGCUGUUUUGCCCGUUACUGUUGUGGAACCAGAGAGAGAUGAAGUGACUUGCCAAGGGUCACUCAGAGAGUCGGUGGCAGAGCCAGAAACAGCUAGAUGCUGAGCCACCAGCCCAACCUCUCUGGCAAUUCAAACCAGCAGCACCUUGCAAAGCAAGACCCCUACAUAUGAAUGCAGGGACCUCAUUUGAGGCAUCUCCUUUAGAAAAAAAGGCCGCUUCUCGGCCUCUUGUGGGCUAAGAUCAAGUGGGGGCAUCCAGAUCCCAAGACCUCUGCGCUUGGGCCUGCACAUAGGAUGCCUGCCGACAGUCUGAGGAGUCAGUGAAGUCCCAGGGUGAGAGCCUGGGAUGGGGGAUGCUCGCCAGUUGUAGCGCCGUACGUGCGCUUAAAAUAAUUGAGCUCUGCCUGUUCGAUUGAUCCGGUUUUUGGAACGAUUGAGUUCUGCUUAGCCGAUAUAAUUUGACACUGAUUUGGCUGAUUUGACCUGGAACAUGAAAUGUAAUAACAAUAAUAACAAUAAUAAUAAUAAUAAUAAUUUUAAAAAAUCUCCUUUAGAAAAAGAGCAGCUUGUGCUUUCAUUUUGAGGCUGCCCUUUGAAACCCCCUCCCGUCUCCUCCUCAGGACUGACAGGUGGAGCAUGCCUGCUGCCAGGCAGCUUUCCUUCAGCCUAUUUGAGUGUCACGGAGCAAAGCAAAUGGAAAAGCCUCUCCAAGGCAAGAGCAGCGCGUGCAUUUAAACCCACAUGGAGACAAGCCUUGGCUGGAUGGGGAAGGGAUCGGGAGGGGGAAUAAAAAAGCAUCGAGGUUGGAUCCCUGCGGCUGUGUCUGUAAAAAAAAAAACAACCUAGGUGGGCGUCUGGGCUCUGAAAGUCCUUCUGCAUGACACUUUGUCCUUUAUGGAGAUCUCGGAGACCCGGGGAAAGCACUGACAUGCAGUGACCUUUCUCUUUGCAUUCAUCCCUGCCUCUUGCACUGCUCAGCAAGCGCUUCCCCAGUCCUUUCUCCCCGCUCAGCCGCACGGCUGUGCCCAUCACCCACCACAUUUGCCUGACUCCGGAGCUGGUUGCAAGCAGCAACGCAUCAUCCGCUAAGCCGAGCCACGUUUUCCACCCCUUUGUCUUUUGUUUUAGCAGCACUGUGCCGAAGGGCCCUGCUCUGGCUGCGGAUGCGCCAGCAUCUCGCCGGGUGCUAAUGCGUUGUGAUGGGGUGUUGCAUUUUGUCCAGAUUGAUUUAUCUUCAUUGUUUCCCUGCUGCGGGCAAAGAGCGCUGGGCCAGGCUUGCUUGGGGAUGGUUAUGACAGCCUCCCUGAUGAUCUCGAGGCGCUAGGCCUAGAUCACCCCCUCUUUCUGCAAGGAGGUGGAUCUGGAGAGGAAGAGGAAGGGAUCCCCGUCUGCCCACCAGGAUCUCUGGAGAUGUUCGGCAAUCUGCGUGGAACAGACGUCACCCGUGCGGGGAGGUCUGAUACCUCCUCUCCUCCCAGCUCUGGGAUCCCCUGAAGAUCCUAGAAGACCCCCUGCCUUGUACCAUCAAUGCAGCAGCAACAAGGUGCCCAGCAGAGAGGGGGCCAAGGCAUGGUUAUAGCCUCGAUCUCCUGGGAAUCCUCCAGGCAUCCGGUGGGCUCCGUGGCUGGUUCCAACAAUGGGAACCGUCAGGAGACCGUCCACGGGGGAAUCCCGUUGGACUCGUGUCCGUGUCCCCCAUAGCUAUGCUGCCCGCUAUGCCUGCAUCCCCCAGCUCCACAGAGCUCCAGGGAAGAGACUCCUGCUAGAAGUGGGAUGCAAACAGAUUGAAGAAGACCAGUCGGGGUCAGUCCCAGAGAUGACACUCAGGCUUUUCCCAAAACAUGAAAGCUGAGCCAUGGGACACCUGCCGCAUCUUUGAGACCACCUAGACUGCCAGCUUUCAGAGGCAAGGACCGUCUUCUCUCCAUUGCUUGUAGGGACUCUGGGCGGUUUGGAGCAUCUAGGCCGUCCCUUAGGGGAAAUCAGGAAUGAUGCUGCAUUUGCACUAUCAUGGAGGUGUGCUCCCUGCUUAGCCCCAUGGAUGCAGAUACCAUCCCUUGCCAUCUUGGUUGGAUAUUUAGCUCCUCCAGCCGGCCCCAACUUCUGCCUCCUGGUUUCAGUGCAGUCAGAGAGAGUUUCGGUGAGGUCAGAAUUUGCCCCUCGGGUUAUGUUGACAUCUGCUUUAUAAAAAAACGAGAAAAAAAUAAAAGGACACCCAAAAAAAUCUUGUCUAGAAGCGUUUGACAUGAUUCAGAGUAAGCAGGAGAGCAAUGCGGAGGU